CCCCGAGGCCUGGCCGAUGGCGACUCUGUGGCAGUGUGGGGAGGAGGGAUUGAGGACUUCGGGGGCCCAGACCUUGAGUGGGACCCUCUGGCUGGAGCAACCCCAAGGGGGUCCCGAGCCCCAGCCAGGCUGGAGGUGGAUGGAGGCCAGGAUGAGUGUCUCUGCUUCGUCCUCGGCGACUGCCUGGCAGGCCUGGGGCACAGAUCAGGGUCAGAAGAGGGGAGAGCUCACCUCUCUGGGGCCCUCCAGGAAAUGACCCCUGGGGCGGGGGCGGGGGCGGGGGGGGUGCUCUUGAGUGAUCGUGCCAGACAAUGGACAAAGGGGACUGGGGUUUCCAGAGCCAAGUGCCUUCUGAGCCCAGCUGGUGGGCCGGGCUAUAAAGCCUGGCCUCCUGGGGCUCCGACCGAGCCCGAGGGCAGACAUGGCGGCCAAGUGCAUCCUCCUGGGCUGCGUCCUGGUGCUGCUCUGGGUGUCCGUGGCUUGGGCCGAGGUCCUGGUGCAGCCCGAUUUUGAUGCCAAGAAGUUCUCAGGCCGCUGGUACGUGGUGUCCAUGGUCUCCGACUGCAAGGUCUUCCUGGGCAAGAAGGGCCAUCUGCUGAUGUCCUCCAGGGUCGUCAAGGCCACGGCAGGCGGCAACCUCAGCGUCCACAUGGAGUUCCCCCGGGCUGACGGCUGCAACCAGGCGGACGCCGAGUACCUGAGGGUGGGCUCCCAGGGCCACUUCAGAGUCCCAGCCCUGGGCUACCUGGAUGUGCGGGUCGUGGACACCGACUACAGCUCCUUCGCCGUGGUCUACAUCUACAAGGAGCUGGAGGGGGCGCUCAGCACCAUGGUGCAGCUGUACAGCCGGACCCAGGAAGCAAGUCCCCAAGCUGUGAAGGCCUUCAAGGACUUCUACCCCACGGUGGGGCUCCCCGAUGACAUGGUGGUCAUGCUGCCCAAGUCAGACACAUGCUCCUCUGGGGACAAAGAGGCUCCCUGACUCCUCGGGAGACCCACCGUGGCCCUUCCCAGGAAGCUUCCUCUGACUUCCUACGGCUGCCAUAACAAAUCACCACAUACCGGUGGCUUCGAAGGACAGAAAUGUAUCCCCUCUGACGUUCUGAGGCCGCAGGUCCAAAGUCAAGGAGGGGGCAGGCCUGGCCCCUUCUGGAGGCUCCAGGGGAGAACCUGGCCUCUCCCGGUGUCUGGUGGUGCCGGAGGUCCUUGGCGUCCCUUGGCUUGUAGACCCGUCCCUGCCACCUCUGCCUCGGCUGUCACAUGGCCGCCCUCCCUCUCUGUGUCUGUGUUCAAAUUUCCCUCUUCUUACGAGGACACCCGUCACGGGAUGCGGGGCCCGCCCUCAACCCAGGGCGGUCUCGUCUCGGUCCUUAACCGAUCACAUCUGCAAAGACCCAGACUCCAAGUAAGGUCCCGUUCUGAGGUCCUGGGUGGACGUGAAUCUGGGGGGACGCUGUCCGGUGUGCUGUGUGUCCCCACAGUGUGUGGCUCCCUCCCUGGGGUGCUGGGCCUGGGAUCUCAGUCUCUCCGGGAGAGUCUCAUGAGGUGGGCGCUGCCGCUAUCUUCUUGUUCACUGCCGUCACGGGGCUGGGUCCCAGGAGCCCUUGGGACAUGGACGCGGGUGGACUCUUGGGGACACCCUCCCCCAAAAGCGUCACCAGGAACCCGUGCCGCCCCUUACCAAGUUCGUAGUGCAAAACUUGGGAACCUACGUUAGACGAUAGGUGAUAGGUGAGACGUGACAGUCCUGCAGCGUGGGAGGCCACCCUGCGGCCGCCCUGGCAGGAGAGGGUGUGGGGGGUGCUUCUUCCUCAGCCUGCGUGCCCGUCGUCCCGCUCUCCCUGGCCGUCCUGGCUAUGCACCUAGGGGGGCGUUCGGGCUGUUUUAACUCCCCGUGGCUCUGCAAUACGCCUGCCCAGCCUCCCGGCUUUGCCCCUACCACGGGUGCAGCUGUUUUAGGCGGGAGGAGAGGAGGGAGGGAAUUGUGCCAAAUCACGCACCUUCUGGAAGGCUCUGCCUUUGGAGCGUGGGAGCCCCAUCUUCCUGCUGCGUGCCAUACCCUGACUUUCAAGGUAAAGUGCCCCAAGUGGGCCACUCCGGUGCUGAAUAUGGGGUGUUGCUGCGGCUUAGUGGCCGUUCUGGGGCUGUCUUGCCACGCCAGCCCCUUAUCUCCUGACAGCGAGCAAGUGAGGCUCCGGGAGUGUGGCAGGUGCCCAGGCCACGGCAAGGUGCUGGACUCGGCCUGGGGCCUCCGGGGCAGCAGCGGUGGCAUUGGCUUGCCCUGGCCGGGCAGGCGACGUGUGACGGGGGCCGCGAGAGGGGCCCGAGUGUUUGCUGAGUGACUGGGUGCAUGCGGUGAUGGUGCCUUUCCU